AUGCCCCUGGACCGCCACAUCUCCGUCUUUGCCGAGCCUGCCUUCGAGCCUAGAAACGUGCUUUCGUUACGAGGCGAAGCGACGUCGCGCGACUCGCGCCGGCCGCGCAUAUCGCGGCAAGCCUCGACAAGACAAGUGCUGGUCUACACCAAGAACAACCAACCAGUCACAACGAAAGAGACCGCCGACGAGGAUGAGGAGGACUGGAUAAAAUUCCCGCGCACUACCACUCUCCUCAUAAUUGGCGUCGUCCUCACCACGGGCGCCGCCAUCGGCGAGGACAACCACGAACGCGUGACGGUGUUCGCCUCCGCGAUCGCCGGCACGGCAACCGGAUGUUUUGGAGGCAUUUUUCGCGACGUAUUCCUGCAGAAGCCCGUGCGGAUCAUGAAUAGUUAUCUAGAGAUAUACGCGUCGCCGUGCUUUGUCGGCGCGCUGGCCACGGCCCUGAUCAUCCGCCUCUGUCCCAGCCAGCACCUGUGUGGAAAUCAACCAGUGCGUCGGGUGCGCAUCGAGCAGGCUUCGCGUCGAUGGCGUGGAGGACGACCCGAUGAUUCAGCACGAACGCGCCGUAAAAUCUUGAUUUCCACACAGGCCAGCACAACACCGCUUUGCUCGUUGGCUUCUUUAUCGUGAUCGCUCUUCGCGUCCUGGCGGUGACGCGCGACAUUCGACACCCGACGAUGGUCACGAUGCAGGACGACGAGGUCCAAACAACGACGACGCCGCUGUCGCCAAAGAUAUCUCCAGCGGUCAAGUUCGCGCAUGGUCUGGGUCUCCCGGACGACGACGGCGUCCGCAGCCCGAACUCGCGCAUGAGCACGCUGUCGGUGUGA